CGGAUCUGGCAGUGAUCGGACGGCCGUCGACUCCGGCGCAGUGUUACGCCGCCGUUAUAUCGUAAUCGAGAGUUCAUACCGCGUAACGUUUACCCAACAUUAUCUUGUUUUAGAGGAAGUGUUUCCGUGCGUUCAACGUUUUUAAUAAAACUAAGGUACUCUGCACUAUGUGUGACUUCUGACAAGACUUGAAUUUAGAGUUUCUGUAAUAAUGUGCUCAAUAAAAUUAAAAAUGGGAACUCUUGUGGUGACAAUAUUUGUGGUCGUGGGUGUUGUGAGUGCGACUAACUCAUCCGUACCAAUGAAUAGUUCACGGAUGACCUGGAUAAAGAACCUGCUGGAUCACCACUUAUGGGCUGAUCUCUUGGAUGGAAACCACACCGUAGCUGCCAGCUGUGAGGCUGAUCUGAAGACCUAUGUCAACGCUUUGAAUCAAGGACAGAUAUGGGCCUCGAAAAUGUUCGACGCGUCCGGCCAGUACAGCACGAAUGUAUUGUUCGGCAAUGAGUACUGGAUGGGAUCCAUCAACGCGUGCAAAGAUCUUCAGUUGAAGAAGUAUUACGAGCAAACUCCGCCAUUUGCCGCCAGCUUCUUUGUUGCCAAAGUGAAUAUAAGCGUCGAUGGAAACCAUAUUCCUAUGACUCGAUCAAUGCUAAUCGGUCAAUGCGUACCAGCGUCAUGCGAUGCGGACUCAAUGAAAGCGAUGUUCCUUCUUGCGGAGACUGCAGCGAUGACGUCAGCAGCCGCGGCAGGAAUUAAAGCCUCGGCGAACACUCUCUACGUACGACCAGUGCCCGGACCAUACAACGUUCUGAAGGACUUCAAGCUACAUAUAGUUGGAUCAGUAGCUUUAUUCGUGGCUAUAUGGAUGAUAAUUGCGUCGUUCUAUGAAGCUCAACUAGAACGACAGUACCUGGCCAAACAAACAGAAGACUUAGAGAUUGCUAAUAAUAACCACAAGAUGCCUGCGAGUAAAGAGAAUGCUUCGACGAAAACCAUCGAAUCAUCGGACGAUGAAAACAAGGACAAGGAUCUACGACGAGACAGAUGUGGGAUAUUGGCUGAAGUAUUACUGUCAUUCUCUGUGUUGUCAAAUGGACGUGCCAUUCUUAGCACUCAGCGACCUAGCGACGGCGCACUUACCUGUCUACAUGGAAUGAGAUUUCUCUCAGUACUUUGGGUUAUUAUGGUACACACUUAUCUAACCGUCUGGUAUAUAGCAGACAAUAAAACUAUGAGAGAGGUAACAGAAAGAAAUUUCCUCUAUCAGUCGGUGGGGAAUGCAUCCUACUGUGUUGACACAUUCUUUUUCAUAAGUGGCCUUUUAGUAACAGUCCUAUUUCUACGAAGCGAAGAUAAGAAGGCAAAUAGAAGGAAUAUAAAAUUGCCUCCAUCAGAUAAGGAUAUAAAUAAAAAUAUCAAUGGCUACACAAACUCAUCACUGUCAGUGUCGGAAAUAAGCCAGCAGUCGUUUUACGAAGAUAUAUUGGACAAACCGAAAACCAACAAAUUUACAAUAACAGAAGUUUCUGGAAUAUUUAAAUCAUUUCUAGUCCUACUCUCCUAUAGAUUAGUUAGAUUAACACCAGCAUAUGCAUUCGUGAUUGGUGUAAAUGAAUUAGCUCUGAGGUAUACGCAUAACACAACAGUUUUUGAACCGGCCAUUUUUGAUCACAUCAAUUGCGAUAAAUUUUGGUGGAGAAAUGUUCUAUACAUAAACAACUUCUUUCCGCAACGAGAGAUGUGUAUGGUAUGGUCUUGGUAUAUGGCCAAUGACACGCAGUUCUACGUCGUUGGUAUCAUCUUGUUAUUAGUAUCAGUUAAGCACUUAAAAUUUGCUACUAUAUCAUUAAUGGUAGUGAUGGCAAGUUCUUGGGUAACGACAAUUUACAUUUCUCUUUGGCAUCAGUACAAGGCUCGGAUACAGGAGCCCUUCGAGAUGUUUGACCCUCUUUACGAUAAGCCCUGGUCCAGAAUAGGCCCUUAUUUGAUUGGAAUGCUCGUGGGGUGGUUUUUACAUAAGACAAAAUGUCAAGUAAGGAUACCAUACUGGUUAUCAGCGUUUGCGUGGCCCGCGUCAUUUGCAAUCAUGGGGAGUGUCAUAUUCGGUAUGGUGGAUGGCUACUUUGAAGUGUGGCCAACGGCUUUCUACGUCAGCAUUGGACAUACAGGUUGGGGCAUAGCUCUCGCUUGGGUGGCGAUAGCAUGCUGCUGUGGCUACGGAGGACUCAUCAAUUCAUUUCUAUCGUACAACGGCUUCCUCCCUCUCAGUAGACUCACGUACUGCGCGUACCUCAUCCAUCCCACCGUCAUGAUGUUCACCUCCUUCCUCCUGGAUGGACCCAUGCACUUACAAAACUCUAUUGUUCUAACAAUGUACGCGGGAUAUGCAGCUAUGGCAUUCUUAGCUUCAUUUAUUAUUUCCCUCUCAUUCGAAGCACCAGCAGUCCGACUUCUGAAGAUAAUCAGCGGAGGAGGCAAGAGAAAAUGACGCUGAUGUGGAUUGAAAAAUAUCUUCCGCUAAAUGUGGCACCAAGGUUAUGAACCACAUUCGUAUUUAAAAAAAUACAGACAGAAAAUCGAUAGAAAAAUAUCGGAUGAAUAUUAUAUAAGUAAACACAAUUGUUUCUUGAAUUAAUUUUAAAAUCAAAGCAUUUUGUCAUCGUUAUAUUCCAAAGGGUUAGAUUAAUUUUGUAAUUAGUGGAUCGUUAAGUAUCAAAUUGUGACCGAAAUACUUUGGUUAAAAUUAUUCAUUUAUAUGUUAGGAUUAGAAUAAAAUUGUAGAAGGUGUAAUAAAUCAUAUAUUAUUAAGUUAAAUAGUCAAAUAUAGUUACCAUAUAGUUUACCAUUAAUUAUAUUAGUAAAAUAUUGUAAAUAUUGUGUAGAAUAUUGUGGUUAUAAAAUGUUGGUUUCAAUACAAACAUAUUUAAAAGAUAUUAAAUUAAAUAUAAAACAUAAAAGACAGUUUUGUGACGAAGUUUUAUAUAAUUUUUAUUACAUAAAAGCACAUUAUCAUCAGCCGGAAGACGUCCACUGCUGGCAAAGGCCUCCCCUAAUAAUUCCCGGACGAUCGGUCCUGCGCUGCCCUCAUCCAACGUAUUCCAGCGAUCUUGACAAGAUCGUCCGUCCAUCUUGUGGGGGCCUACCAACACUGGGUCUUCCGGUACUUUGUCGGCAUUCGAGGACGCUACAGCCCCAACUGCCUUCUGUCCGUUGAACUAUCGAACUAUGUGCCCUGCCCACUGCCACUUCAGAUUCGCAAUCAUUUGAGGUAUGUCGGUGACUUUGGGUCUCCUACAAUAAAUUCAUAUAUUAAAAUUAAUCUGUGAUUCCUGAUUGUAGAGUUCUGUAGUAUGUAUAAUCUACAAUUUAUGUGUGCAUCUUAACACUCAAUGGCAUCUUUAAAAUUUUGUAACAUACGCUUCAUAUUAUUUUACAUUGAAAUUAAUAAAAUACAAAAUAGUUACUGAUAACAAUAUGUGAUACCAAUAUCUUUCUUAUUUCUUGUAGUAUUAUUUUUACAACGAUUUACUACGCAACACGGUAUUUUAAUUUCAAUAAAUUAGCAAAGUUUAACAGAACAUGCGGCACGUCAAGGUCAUACAUCGUUCGAGACUGGCUGGAGUACGCCCUAUUGGGAGUAGUAUUAGUUGCACUUUGCAACUACGCCUGCAGUAUCUUCUUGGAGCGCAGCGGCGACCAAUCUUUAAUCUAAGCAUUCAGUAUAUGCCUGUUCAAUGUAUGUGACAAUUUAUUUAAAAAAAAUAUAUGUUUCAAAUUUUAAUUAACAAUUUCUUUUAUCCUGAUGUUUUAUAAAAUAUGGACUUUGUUAUAUUAUGAACGAAAUUUGAUUUCUAAUUUGUGAUAUUACCUUAAACGAUAUGACAAAAAUAUCAUUCCUGUCUACAACUCGACAGAUUUUGUAAAUAUUAUCUUUAUGUAAAAUAAAUAAUUUAAUUCUAGUCGUUAAUAA